AUUCUGUUUGCUUUCAUUGAGCUUAACGAGUGUUAUAUUAAGCGGUACAGGUAGAAGUACUUCGUCUAGCUCCUUUUAUUAAAAAUAUAUAUUUCACGAUUAUUGAUAUACUAUUAGCUUUAACUAUGAAAUUGUAAAAUCGAAUUAGAAUCGAUUGUUUUUCGAUUAAAUCUGACACUGUCCAAGCAAAGAGCAACGUCAAAAGUUGGUGGAUAUGGAAAAUUAAUAAAAAAAAGACUUUAAUUUCUGAUUGCGAUCAAUCGGAAUUAAAGUCAUUUAGUUUUAAUCAACGACUGCGAAUUGGUCAUGCUAACGUGAGAUUAACACUACCAAGAUGAUUGGUGGGUUAUUUGUAUAUAAUCACAAAGGUGAGGUACUCAUUUCUAGAGUAUACCGAGAUGAUAUUGGGAGAAAUGCAGUUGAUGCUUUUAGAGUUAACGUAAUUCAUGCCAGACAGCAAGUUAGAUCGCCUGUCACCAAUAUUGCCAGAACCUCAUUUUUUCAUAUAAAAAGAGCAAAUAUAUGGAUAGCUGCUGUAACCAAACAAAAUGUUAAUGCCGCCAUGGUAUUUGAAUUCCUAUUGAAAAUAAUCGAGGUUAUGCAAUCUUAUUUUGGAAAAAUUUCUGAAGAAAACAUUAAGAACAACUUUGUUUUAAUCUACGAAUUAUUAGAUGAAAUACUAGAUUUUGGUUAUCCCCAAAAUACUGAUACGGGUGUACUGAAAACAUUCAUCACUCAACAAGGUAUAAAAUCUGCGACAAAAGAAGAACAAGCACAAAUUACAUCGCAAGUUACAGGACAGAUUGGUUGGAGAAGGGAAGGCAUCAAAUAUCGUAGAAACGAAUUAUUUUUAGACGUUUUGGAAUAUGUUAAUUUAUUAAUGUCUCCGCAAGGACAAGUUCUAUCUGCUCAUGUAGCAGGUAAAGUGGUAAUGAAAUCUUAUCUUUCUGGUAUGCCUGAAUGUAAAUUUGGUAUAAAUGAUAAGAUUGUUAUGGAAGCCAAAGGGAAAGGUAGUUUGGGAACUACUACAGAUUCGGACCCUGCUCGUUCUGGAAAACCAGUUGUUGUAAUAGACGAUUGCCAAUUUCAUCAGUGCGUUAAAUUGAGCAAAUUUGAAACAGAACAUUCCAUUAGUUUUAUACCACCCGAUGGAGAAUUUGAACUCAUGAGAUAUAGAACAACCAAAGACAUAUCUCUUCCAUUCCGUGUUAUCCCAUUGGUGCGUGAAGUCGGUAGAACUAAAAUGGAAGUUAAAGUGGUACUAAAGAGCAACUUCAAACCAUCAUUACUAGGUCAAAAGAUUGAAGUUAAAAUUCCAACCCCUUUGAAUACAUCCGGGGUCCAACUAAUCUGUUUAAAAGGAAAGGCUAAGUAUAAAGCUUCAGAAAACGCUAUAGUAUGGAAGAUUAAACGUAUGGCUGGUAUGAAGGAAACUCAAUUAUCCGCUGAAAUAGAACUACUGGAAACUGAUACUAAGAAAAAAUGGACUCGUCCGCCGAUUUCCAUGAACUUCGAAGUCCCUUUCGCUCCUUCCGGUUUCAAAGUUCGAUAUCUGAAAGUAUUUGAACCUAAACUAAAUUAUUCUGAUCAUGAUGUUAUUAAAUGGGUUAGGUACAUUGGAAGGAGUGGAUUGUAUGAGACCAGAUGUUGAAUUUCCUUUUUGUUUUUUAACAAAACUACAACAAAAUAUCCUGUUCCAAACUUUAUCUGUUUCAAAACCUUUUAUCUUAUCGAUUAGAGUAAGUUAUUAAAAUCCAUGACAUUUUCAAAUCAAACUAUCUGCCAAUUAUUCCUCUGUUGUUGAAGAAACUGUCUUUAGAGGAAUUAAAAGAAAAUUUUCAUUUUUUCUUAUAAAAUUUAUAUAAUAUAAUAAUUGUCACAGGGGCAGAUAGAUUUUAGGUAGAUUUCAAAAUUUGAGGGCUAUUUUGAAACUGCCAGUUCAGAUACGUGCCAGAUAUUGUUUUUCCAAGAAGAAACUUGACCGGAAUAAUUUCUUUUCCUUUUUCAUGUAGAUCCAAUAUUCCCCCCCAAGUAAUUUUCCAUACAGCAAAAGGUAGUUCCUUGCUUGUCAUCAUUAUUAAAGGGUUCCUUAAAUUAAUAAGUAGAUUCCUCCUUGAUUAAUCCUGCCAAGUUGUAUUUAAUGCAGUUUUCCUAUGAUCGAAAUUAGUAUUUGUUUCCUUUGGAAUAAAGGUAAAAUCCCACUGGGUUAUAUUUUGGGCUAUUUUCAUGUAGUGAAAGAUAGCUUGGGCGCAUUAUCAAUCCCCCCCGAAUAGAAUUUGGUGUUUUUUCCUUACAUUAACGGUAGUUCUUGCUUAGAAGCUUCAUCAAUCUUACCGAGAUGUAUUUAGUGCUGUGUUCCUUGCAUUAAAAGGUUAUUCCUUGCUUAGAAGCAUUUUAAUUCGCAUUAAUUUGUAUCUAGCGCAGUUUUCCGAACUUAGACUCGUUUUGAAUCUCACGGAGUUGUAUUUAGUGCAAUUUUUCUUGUAUUAAAAGGUUGCUUCUUUCUUAUAAACAUUAUCAGUUUCGUUGUGUGAGAUAUAAUCACUUGGCAUUCAAAGGACAACCAUGAUAACCAAGAAUUAUCCUUAAAAAAGUUUUAAAAAAUCCUAAUUUCUUUAAAAAAAUGCCGUAAUAAAAUGCUGAAAUGGAAGACGGUGGACAACAUGAGGUUUAUAGUGUGUUCAUCAGUUUUCUAGUUAUAAUAGUUUGGUUAGGUUAGGUUAGUCUAUUGGAUUUUGUUUUAAAUAAAUUUUUCCGUAUACAUUUUCUUUUUAUUCGUUAUUUUGGUUACAAUUUUAUUAUUUUCCUUCGCCAUUCAUCAUCGUCGUAUGUUUUAUUUACAUGCUCCUUCUCAGUAGGACAUUUCGGUUAUUUCUUUUUUGAUUAUUUUUGACUUUUUUCUCUAGAUUUCGAGAUAGGAAAUGAAAUUAUUGGAAAAUAGACAUAUUUGUAGUUGUUUCUCAUAUUUACCGGUCAAAUUUUCUAAACUACGCCCUCUAGUAUACUCAAAAAAAACAAAAAAAAAUAUACAGUAUGUAGUAAACUUGUAGGAAUAAAAAAAUUAGGUGUCUAUGAUAAAAUUUAGUGAGUGUCUCACUCUGUUUUAAUUUUAAUCGUGCUUAUUUCAAUUUUAAAUCAAUUUAAAUAGUAAGUAUGGAAUUGUAUUGUUGAAAUUAUUUAAUAGUAAGCAGUCAUCUUUAUAGAUAAAAUAUUAUUUUAAAUAUGAUUUUCGAAUGUAUAUGUAAUACUAUAUUAAGCAAAGUAAACGUUAAUCAACA